AUGAGCGCCUCUCUCACUGCGGUCCGCCGGGCCACCGCGGCCAACAGCAGUCUACUGGGCAGGGGCCGAACAAUUCCCCGCGCGGCCAUGCGCUCGACGACGAUGAACCUGAUGCGGAACUCCCGGAACCUGGCCAUGCGCGACAACGUCUCGUUUGUGAUCUUCGCGUCGGCACGCGGCUUUUCUACAGAGACGCACUCUGCAGUCGGCGGCCCGCCAUCCGGCCCACCGCCUGGCUUCGACCCGGAAAAGGCUAAGAUUCCUCUGCCGAAAGAAAACAGCCAGACGAGUGCGGCAGGCUCCGCCAAGACUUCCACCAAGGCCAAGGCGAAGGAGACGACGGCGACUUCGUCAUCCAAGACGGCACCUCUCGCCGAGGCGGUCGGCCAGCCGCCUGCAGCCGAUGCUGCGGCUUCCGAGGGCAAGCCAGUGGUGGCACUGGAGGCCAAGAGCGGCAAGAAGGCGGACGAGGUGAAGCUGACACUCUCACAAAAGAUCAAGAAGGAGGCACAGCACUACUGGGACGGCACGAAGCUGCUGGCGACAGAAGUCAAGAUCAGCACGCGACUCGCCGUCAAGAUGGCGGCUGGCUACGAGCUGACGCGCCGCGAGCACCGACAGCUGACACGGACGGUGCAAGACCUGAGCCGGCUGGUCCCGUUCUCGGUGUUUGUGAUUGUGCCGUUUGCGGAGCUGCUGCUGCCGGUGGCUCUGCGGCUGUUCCCCAACAUGCUGCCGAGCACUUACGAGGGCCAGCAGUCGCGCGAGAAGAAGGCGUCGUUCCUGCGGGCGACGCGCAAGGAGGUCAGCACGUUUCUGCGGCAGACGAUGAAGGAGACCGGGCUGCCGAUCCAGUCGGGUACGGCGCACCGGGCCGAGUUCACCAAUUUCUUCCGCAAGGUGCGGGCGACGGGCGAGCAGCCGACGGCGGAGGACGUGAUCAAGGUGUGCAAGACGUUCAAGGAUGACAUGACGCUGGACAACCUGUCGCGGCCGCAGCUAGUGUCGAUGUGUCGGUACAUGAACCUAAACACGUUUGGCACGGACAUGAUGCUGCGGUACCAGGUGCGCCACCGGAUGCGGCAGAUCAAGCGGGACGAUCGGGCGAUCAGCUACGAGGGCGUCGACAGCUUGACGGUGGCGGAGCUGCAGACGGCGUGUGCGAGCCGCGGCAUCAAGUCGUACGGCGUCUCGCCGGCGCGGCUGCGCGAGGAUCUGCAGACCUGGCUGGACCUGCGGCUCAAGGAGGGCGUGCCGUCAACGCUGCUGGUGCUGAGCAGCGCAUACAUGUACGGACAGCCGUCGACGGGCAAGAACGACGGCGGCGCAGUGCAGACGCAGAUCGAGGCGCUGACGGGCGUGCUGUCGUCCAUCCCGGAGGAGCUCUACCACGAGAUCGAGUUGGCGGUCGACAAUGCCGAGGGCCAGGCGACGAACAAGCAGCGGCUCGAGGUGCUGCGGGAGCAGGAGGACCUGAUCGAGGACGAGGCCGAGCAGAACCAGGUGAACCAGAAGAAGGGCCUGGCCACACCGCGGGACGUCGACAACAUUGACGAGGAGCAGGAGCGGGCGCUGCUGGAGGCGGCCGCUUCCGGUGAGGAUGUCGCGGCCGAGAAGGACCAAAAAGCGGCUGCUCCGACGGAGAGCAAGUGA